AGUGAGAGGUGCCAGCAGGCACUCCCCUGCCUAAGCAGGGAUGACAGCGGGCUGGAAACCACAGCCCUUCACAGAGUGCAGGCACACCCAUGCUCCAACAACGACAAAGUGAACUCUGCUGGGCACUGGCUGGGACAUUAAUAAUUCCUUUUUCCCACACAGCUGCUGGGCUUCAGGAAAUGCAAAAACGCUGGUUAUCUUUAGGACUCCCUCUCGUCGUCUUAAUGCUCCUAGCCAACAGUAUCCCUAGAGAGGCUGUAAAAUUAGAGGGAGAUCAAAGCCUUACUCGAAGGACGUUAGAAUGAAUAACCUUUGUCAGAGAGAGACCACCCAGCACAGGGUGGGGCCAGUUUUCAUCUAGUUUUUCCUGCUCCCCUAUCUCCUACCCGUGCAAAGUAGCAAGCUGGUUAAAUCCUUUUCCAGAGCUCCUAGCCACCCUCCCGCCCGUGAAUCCUCCCCAGGUUUUGCCUCCCUCUUCCCCCACCCUGCCCAUCGCCGAGCGGGUGCCCUUGGACCUGCCGGGUGAAGCGGAGCUAGCGGCCAGCCAGGCUCGCUCACCAUGCGGCUGCCCGUGCCCGCCGUGCUCUGCUGCUCGGCCGCCAGCCUCCUCCUGCUGCUGCUGCGAUGGCGGCGACAAAGGGGGCUCUGGAAGAAGGUGAAGGAGGCUCAGCAGAGACAGGAGCGGAGCUUGGUGAGGAUGGAGAUGGCUACGCGGAGCUUUCGGGAGCAGCAUCCUUCCGUGAACAUGGUCUCCAUCCUCUCUUUGCCUUUGCCGGAACUCUCCAAGAGAAUCCAGGAUGGCUCACUCCCUCCGGAGCAUGUUUUCUAUGCCUAUGUGGGCAAGGCUCUCCAAAUCGCCACAGAAACAAACUGCAUCACAGAGUAUCUGCAGGAGAGCGAGAUCCAGCUGCGGAAAGCAAAGCCAGAGAAGCUGGGGUUGCUCUAUGGGGUGCCUGUCAGCAUCAAAGACUCCAUCGACUGCCAGGAGGCAUUGCAGUCCCCUUUGGAAACCACAUUGUUCUGUAUUCCCAGGGUCAUGAUUCCACAUUGGGAUUUAUAAAAAACCUCAAUAGACCCGCGGCAGAGGACAGCGUGGUGGUGCAGGUGCUCAAGAGGCAGGGGGCAAUUCCCUUUGUCAAAACCAAUGUUCCCCAGUCCCUUGUCAGCUAUGACUGCAGGAACAUACUCUUUGGUCAGACGUUGAACCCUCUGCUCUACACCAGAAGCCCUGGAGGCUCGUCUGGUGGAGAAGGGGCACUUAUAGGAGGAGGUGGGUCCAUCCUGGGCAUUGGGACAGAUGUAGGAGGAAGCCUACGUUUCCCUGCUGCCUUCUGUGGGAUCUGUGCACUCAAACCCACUGGGAACAGACUCAGUAAAAAAGGAGUCAUUGCAGGUGUUGUUGGGCAGAAAGCAGUGGCUGCAGCAGUGGGGCCAAUGGCAAAAGACGUGGACAGCCUGGCGCUGUGCAUGCGGGCACUCCUGUGUGAGGACAUGUUCAGCCUGGACAGCACAGUGCCCCCCCUCCCCUUCAAUGAAGAGGUGUAUUCUGGCACGCAGCCCCUUCGCAUAGGUUACUAUGAAACUGAUUUCUUCACCAUGCCAAGCCCAGCCAUGAGGCGUGCCGUUCGCGAGGUGAAGCAGGUGUUGGAGGAUGCUGGCCACACGCUGGUGCCAUUCGAACUCAUGAAUGUGGACUCCGUAGUCUUUAACUUCUGCCUUAGGGGAAUGUUUUCAGACGGAGGUGUCUCUUUUAUCAGGAACUUCAAAGGGGAGCUGGAUAGAAGUGGCGUUGGGCUGUUAUUCUGGUUGUCGAAGACACCAAACUGGCUAAAAACUGUCCUCUCUUGGACUGUCAAACCCUUUGUGCCUCGGUUGUCAGCUAUCCUAAGAAGUAUGAGAGCAAACACAGUGGAUGAAGUCUGGAGCCUUCAUCAUGAAAUUGAGGAGUUCUGCCACCAGUUCAUCACCCAGUGGAAAAAGCUGAAUCUGGAUGUCAUGCUUUGUCCCAUGCUGGGCCCAGCUCUUGGCAUUGGCUACCCUGAAAAGCUCUCAGUGGCAGUCAGCUAUACCAUGCUCUACAAUGCCUUGGACUUCCCCACCGGCGUGGUCCCAGUCACGUUGGUGACUGACGAGGAUGAGGAGGAGCUGAAGGGCUACCAGGGGUACUUUCGGGACUGGUGGGACCGGACCCUGGCAAAGGCUUUCCGCGGCAGCGUGGGGCUGCCAGUGGCCGUGCAGUGCGUGGCCUUGCCGUGGCAAGAGGAGCUGUGCCUGCGGCUCAUGAAGGAGGUGGAGACCCUUGUCGCGAAGGAAAACGCAAUCAUCUGAGUCCCACACACUCGCCUGUGCAGAACCCCAGGUGGCGUCAGUGUGGGUCACCCUUCGGUGUGGCUCACCUGCAGGACUCGAGUCUCCCUCCGCAGGGACACGGCGGUGCCUGCGCUCGCUGCUGGCUUCAGGGCACAAGGCAAAAGCAAAGCCAGCACCACAGUGGCGAAGCACUUCCAAUCAGUGUCCUAAUACAGUGGGUUUUGAUACUGGAAA